AUGGACGCGUUUGCUGACUCAGGCGAGUUGUACACGAUUCGCAAUCAAUUUUACACCAAUCAACAUCAUAAGGUGAGAUCUUAUUCCUUGAACCAGUUUUCACCAGAAAACCAAUUGAAAGCGUUGGAGUACCAAAUUAGAUCGAUUAUUGCUUUAGAAGAUGAUGCAUCUUCUGUUAUCGACGAUGGAAAAGCGCGUUUUCCUGGCAACGAAGGUUUGUUCCAGUUGCUCAGUGCUUGGAACGACUUGAAGUCAUUUGGCACUGAUGACUCCACUUAUUUUGAUGAUGUCAAGACUGCCACCUAUGAAUUGCAAGCAGUUUUGACGACUCUCUAUGUGGUCAAGUUGGACAAAGACAUUGAUCAAGCCAUCACAUUCUUGACGUCCUACAUCGACAACACCAAUACUCUCAACAAGUACAACGAAAUUGAACCAUUCUUGAUUUUGAUCCAGUUGCAUUUGGUCAAGGGUAAUUUCGCGGCUGCCAACAAAAUAUUUGUCAACUUCGCCAACUUCCCGGAUUCGUCCAGAGACAACAUCAUCUACCAGGUGAUGGAAUCAUGGAUAGAGGCUAUCAAGGGAGAAUCGGACAACAUCAAUCGUUCGUAUUCUCUUUACGAUGAAUUGUUGUCUUCUGACUUUGACGACGAUCCUCAGGGCAAGUUCAAGCUCUUGAACGUAUUGUUUGUAUUAACAAUUCAAUUGAAACACUACCCUGAAGCACAAGAGCUCUUGCUCCAAAUAAAAGCAUUGAACCAGAAACCCAACGCUGACUUUAUAGCUAACCAGAUCACGUUUGAUUACUUGGUCAACGGAGGUGCUAACGUAGACGGGUUGUUGAACGAGUUGAAAUCUCUUGACAUUACCCAUCCACUUGUAGUUGACUUAGAAGAGAAGACGACUGUGUUUAAUGACAUCGUGGCCAAGUACCAAGUGGAAGCAUAA